AUCCGCUGUGACGCUUCCGUGUAUCGAAUGGCGGGAAGACUCACCAGCGUUAUGAUGAUAUACCAUGAAAACAUUGUCUGAUAGGUGGAAAAUUACACUGAAUGACAUGAAGGAUGCAGCGCAAUGUAGUUCGGUUGUCAACUGUUUAGUUAUACCCUAUCGUAUGCACUCUUAUCCUUUCUAGGGAGUUGACGUUUGCGAACUUAACCUCAAACUCCCAGCUCAGUUCCCUACUAUUGGACAGGACGCAGAUAAACAUGGCUGCUCCCCCAGUGGAAUACACCAUCGGAGGGGUCAAGAUUCAGUUCCCCUGCAAAGCUUAUCCCUCCCAGCUGGCCAUGAUGAACUCGAUUGUUCGAGGGCUUAACCACAGCCAGCACUGUCUACUGGAGAGUCCUACAGGAAGUGGGAAGAGCUUGGCUCUGUUGUGCUCAGCUCUUGCCUGGCAGCAGGCUCAAUACGCCAAACCUGAACCAGGAGGAAGCCCCCAGGAGGGCAAAUGCUGCUCAGAGGAGAAAACACAGGCUGUUUCAAAGGAGUCAGAGGGUGCUACCCCCUGUCAAUGUAGUUGUCACACUAAGGCUCCCUGUGCCCCAAAACUGCCCAAGCCUAAUGUGGUGGACCUCACACUGUCCCCUGAGAAAGUGGUGGUGCAACAUCAAUCACCCCCGCAAAGUGAUACGCUCGUUCCCAAAACUGAGUCGUUUGUCUCGGCUCCUCUGCCACAGACAUCUGUCAGCCCGGACCCUGAGAAAGACGAUGACUUUCAACCAGACAGGAAGCGCCUUCGCACUCCAUCUUCGGAUCAGAAGAGCAGUAAAAGGAAGUGUAUGAACCGGGGCAUCGUGUUCAUUGAUGAUGACCCAGACGAGGAAGACCUGACACAAGUGAACAGGCGCUGGACCAUGGAGGUGAAAAGCCAGGCUGUGUCAACGGAGAUCGCCAGUACUGAAUUCUAUUCCCCACCACACAUGCAGUCCCGCGUGCCUUGCCUCCUGUGCCCGUGCAGCGGCUCUUCGGCCGACGUGAAACAGAAGGAAAAAGAGGCCAAAAAGAAGGUCCCCAAGAUAUUCUUCGGUACGCGUACGCACAAGCAGAUUGCGCAGAUCGCCCAUGAGCUGAAGCGCACGCUGUACUCCGGCGUUCCCAUGACCAUCCUGUCCAGCCGGGACCACACCUGUGUGCACCCUGAGGUGCAGCGCCACUCCAACCGCAACGAGCGCUGCAAGGAGCUGCUGGAAUCCAAGGAUGGCAAGUCGUGCAGCUACUACCACAGCGUCCACAGGAUGCGGGACCAGGCAGUUCUGCAGGGGGUCCACGGGCUGAACCAGGCCUGGGACGUGGAGGACCUGGUGCGAGUGGGCAAACGCAUCCGCGCCUGCUCCUACUACGCAGCCCGCGAGCUGAUGCAGGACGCCCGCAUCGUGUUCUGCCCCUACAACUACCUGCUGGACCCGCUCAUCAGGGAGAGUAUGGAGAUCAACCUGGCCGGCCAGAUUGUGGUGCUGGACGAAGCCCACAACAUCGAAGACUGCGCCAGGGAGACUGCCAGCUACACCUUGGACAACAACCUGUUGAAGAUGGCCAAGGACGAGCUGGACGGCAUGGUCUCCCACAACAUCCGGCAGUCCGAACACAUGCCGCUGCGAAACUUCUGCGCUAGCCUCGGAAACUGGAUACAUGAGAGCAAGAGCUUAAUGUCCGAGAGGGGCUUCGAGACCUCCUGUAAAGUCUGGACUGGCAAGGAGGUUGUGGGCAUUUUUCAUGGCCUUGGCAUUACUGCUGCUACCUUUGGAAUGCUUCAGAAAAACUUGGCAGCAGUGUUGGACAAAGAGGAGCGCGUUGGCUUAGUCAAUGGCAGGGAGGAGACGGUCACCGUGCCAACCAUCAGCGCUGUCCUCAUCUCUGUGCUAAAAAGUCUGUUCAUGGUUCUGGACUACCUCUUCAGAGAGCACUCCAGGUUUGCCGAGGACUACCGGGUGGUCCUGCAGGAGAGCUUCACCUGGACCAACCAGGUCGAGCCCGACGUGCCGGACAACCACGGGUUCUUCGCCCGGCCGCGGGCCCGGCGGAGACAGUCCGCACGUGUGAAGGCGGCCGUGCUGACGCUGAAUUUCUGGUGCCUCAACCCUGCUGUGUCGUUCUUGGACCUAGGGCAGUCCGUGCGCACUAUAGUGCUCACUUCAGGAACCCUCUCUCCCAUGGGCUCCUUCUCCUCAGAACUGGGGGUCAAGUUUGCCAUCCAGCUGGAAGCCAGCCAUGUCAUCGCCAAGUCGCAGGUGUGGGUUGGUACCAUUGGCUCCGGGCCACAAGGCAAGAAGCUGCUGGCCACAUUCCAGCACACGGAGACCUUCACCUUCCAGGACGAGGUGGGCGGUCUGCUGCUCAACGUCUGCCACGCCGUGUCAAAGGGAGUGCUCUGCUUCCUGGCGUCCUAUAAGAUGCUGGAAAAACUGCGAGAUCGCUGGAUCAACACGGGUCUGUGGGAGAAGAUGGAGGAGAGGAAGACUGUGAUCACGGAGCCCCGCGGCGGCGCCAAGGGAGACUUUGAUGAGCUGCUGCAGCGGUACUACGACGCCAUCCAACACCCAGGGGAGCGAGACGGGGCCUUGCUGAUUGCUGUCUGCAGGGGUAAAGUAAGCGAAGGCUUGGAUUUCACAGACGACAAUGCCAGGGCAGUGGUCACCAUCGGCAUUCCCUUCCCCAACAUCAAGGGCCACCAGGUGGAGCUCAAGAUGAAGUAUAACGAUCAGCACUGCAAAAGUAGGGGUCUCCUUCCAGGCAACCGUUGGUACGAGAUCCAGGCCUACCGCGCUCUAAACCAGGCCCUGGGAAGGUGUAUCCGCCACAAGAACGACUGGGGUGCUCUCAUUUUGGUGGAUGACCGUUUCCGGAAUAAUCCAAAUAAGUACAUCACAGGCCUGUCCAAGUGGGUGCGGCAGCUGGUGCGGCACCACGACACCUUCAACGGGGCCAUGCAGUCCCUGGCCGCGUUCUCCCACUUUCAGCAGGGGGCAGAAGCAACCCACGGCAGCGUCCUCCAGAGCCCGUCGGGAUUUAAGCAGCACCCAGCCAGCCAGCAGUCCCCCCUCGGUCUGGGGGACGGACCGGCGUGUGCCCCCCUGUCCGCAUCAGCCAAGCACGAAGACCGCAGCCACAAGAACACUAAACCCCCUCAGUCUUCAACUGUUGAUCCCAUCAUGUCUGGGAUGGCUGGUGCUAGUGUGAGGGGAGACACUGAAAAGAUGUCCAACACUGAGCCGGCGUGUCCGACCCGCGCACACCACGACACCGAGCCCAGGGCGCAAGCACCGGCCCUGGCGCCUGUGCAUGGCUUCAUGCCUGCGGGCACCCCGUUGAAGAGGCCCCUCUUCAGAGCGCAGAGAGACAUCGCCCGGCCCGACCACCUGCAGCAGUCAGAACCACCUGACCUGGUCGAGGGAAUGGAUGCCCCCAACACGCACCUUCCUCAUCCUCAUGCAGAACCGUGCUCGCGAGGUGAUGCCGGCAAAACCGACGGUUUGUCUUGUGUGCCGGUGGCUGUGAAGGAACUGGCUGCCAUGGCGACCUCUCCCUGCUGUCACGGAGAGCAGCCUCUGGCAGACGGCCGUGAAGGGGAGGACGACGAAGAGGAGGAGGAAGACCUAACAAUGUUCUUCACUCCAGAGCUUUUCGAGGACGAGGAUGAUGAGGAAGUGGAGGAGGCCAUGCCUGUGUCCAGGAUAGACGGCCGUGUGAUCCCCAUCAGGCCAGCCCAAGAGACGCUGAGCCUAAGGAAAGAUGUAGAAGAAUGUGCCCCAAACGGCCAUGGAGACGGAGUCGUCUCCAGGGUUGGGGAUAGCGCGGGGUCAGAGCCGACGCUCUGUCACCAGCCUCCGAGAGGCAGCGUGGUCAGCGUCGAGGAGCAGGCCGGGACACCGCCCUGCAGUCAGCAGCAGACAGCAGAGUCCCCAGGUCAGGAGGUGCGAGUGCAGCAGAGGGAGGAAUGUGAGAGUAGGCAGUCAGGCACCAGGGCUAACCGCCUGGCCCGGUCCUCCAGGCAGAGAGCACCCCCGACUCCGUCAGGUAAAAGCCACCCGACCACUCCACCCAUAACACAGUGGUUAACUAGCCCAAAGUAAAUACUGAUGCCCCUAGAUGAGCAGGCCCUCCACCCUGGCCCCAGACAGGCCAGCUCAUAUCUCAGCGCAGCCCCCCACUCAUUCAGCGUGACAGCUCAGGCCUCAUCAAGGCCAUUAAGGCCGUCUAAGCGCACUUAUCAGUGGGAGAAAACAAGCCUAUCUUACCAAUGUUAUUUAAAUUAUGUGGCUAUUUUAAUGCGCUGUCUCUUUUUAAAGAGGCUGAGUGAUUAAAUAGCGAGGCUAGGUCUGUAGCUCUUAAUGAGAUGUAUAUAGUGGGGCCGUGCAGACGCGCCUGACUUAGCGGAACUAAGAGGCCCUCGUUCUCUGCAUCAGGGGGAUGAGGAACUCGCGUGAUAAUCGGCUACAAACUAGAGGGGCUCAUUUGGGCUUGUGGUGCAGAGGUUUACAAUUGUUUGAGGAAAAUAAAAAAAUAUAUAUGUCUAUCUAUAUAUAUAUUUGUUGGUUUGUAUUUCUUUUCAUGAAAAAAAACAUACAGGCAAAAAUUAUUUUGUGACUAUGCAAUACUGAAGACUCAAGUAAAAUGUAUCCAGUUUAUAUUUUCAUUGGAUGUGGGUUUUAAAAGGACGAAGACAGCCCUAUGGCUUUAAAUGUUUAUUUGUCUGAUAAUUAAAACUUAAUGUGAUGUAUAUCAUGUGUUUUGGGUCAGCAAGGUUAUACUUUACAACGCGUAUUACCAAAUAGUGAAAUCUAAGGAUCAGCUUGUUCUCAAACCGACCAGAGCAAUUUAGCCAAAGCCACAUUUUACUGUUUUCCUUGCCAUUAGGGUGGGUUUUUUGGGGUCAAAUUACUUUUCACACAACAUCUAAGCUCUGAUUGAGGAAGUCUGUGUACGCAUGAACUUAUGUGAUUCGUCAUUUGGCCAAAUUGUAUCUCUUAUUCAAUUUUGAAUGUAGAUCAGUGUCAAAGUGUAAUAUGAAAUUCUAAUUAAACAGGAUCCUUUUAAGAUCAUUUGUCUACUCAUAUUUAACUUAACACUAAUGGUUGACUUUUGCUCAGAAUGAGCUUGAAUUACUCUUCCUUUAAAAGACUCCUGUAGCUCAUCAGCUGCUUCUCAUAGAGACUUUUUUACUCAAUCAUGCAUGGCUGCUCGUUAAAAUAAUUAUCCAAACAAUGCGUGGGGAGUGCACACAAAUGUGUGUUAAACGCACCCUAAUAGGUAUUCCACAUGACUGGGAGAUUUGUUAAUGGCUUUGACUGGCUCUGGCUUUGUUAGUGGUUCUGUAUUCCUUUUCUGUUAUUUCAUGAACCCAUUUUCUUUUCAUGUGAAAUAUGGAAAUAUGUUCAUGAAAGGGGUGCUGUAGCUAAAGCAGUGUAAGUGGUUAUAUAUAAACAAGUAAAAUAUGAA